AUGGGCGGAAAAGACGUAGAAGCCGAAGACACACAAGGGCAAGUAAGCGAAGAAGAAGGGCAUGGCGGAAAAGACGAAGAAGAUGAAGACGCACAAGGGCAAGUAACCGAAGAAGAAGGGCAGGGCGGAAAAGACGAAGAAGACAAGGUCGUAGAACAAGAGUUGGUGACAGCACUGCGCGCUUGCAGCAUUAGGGAUGGCAUACAUCAGGAGAUAUUGAGGCACGUGUUGGUUACAAGGCCAUAUCGUGAGGAACCUGAAGGCGUGCCGCGUUUCAGUUUCGAAGAGGUACAAGCAUUUUUCGCGACUGCGGAACGUGCGUUAUGGCCCAAGAGUGUCUCCAGACAGUUCAUCUUCAUGUUUACAUAGAUGAAAGUCAAAGUUUUACAAAGAUGAAUAGACGCCACCUCGUGCGAAGUCUUGGUGGAUGCGCCAUCCGAGGAUGAGUGUACAUUGAUUUCCGGAAGAAUUUGUUGAUGAGAAUGAAUUGUUGCUUCACCUAUAAUAGUAUAAUCAAGAAGCACUUCUAGUUCUAACCACACAGGGUUUUAGGGGUAUUCUCGAAAAAACGGGAUUGCCAGCUGGAUCCAUACUCAUUCACGCUGACCCUCAUUAUGACUGGCUGCAGCUACGCGACGGUCCUACCAAUUCUUUUUCUUGGUUCUCUCUACACCAAGCUAACAAAUCUUCUAGUACAGAAGAUACCUGUGAACGUAGAGCAGCAACAAGAUCUAGAUCAUCUUCCUCACCAGCAGAUCCGGACAGAGAUGAAAUGUAUGGACGAGGAUGUUCUUCUCCCUUUUUUAGCAACAGACCAUCUCCUAGGCUUCCCUUUUCGUCCCCUUAGAACUGUAAAUAGCUGAUGAACAAGGGGGCCCUUUGCGUCCCCUUAUAUAACUGUAAAUAGCUGAUGAACAAGGGGGGCCUAAAACUGUGUAGCAUCCUAGAGAGGGGAGAAAAGACACCAUUCAUAAAAUGAGAGCAGUUCUAGCUCGUUUAGAGAAGUGGGGCACGAUUGCAGGUUUCUGGCUCAAAAAUUGGGACCUACGCACACUAGAUACAACUCGGUGGCGCGAAUGGUACUACGCAGAGAGGGAGGAGAAGCGUGACACCAGGAUGAAAACUCCGGUUAGUAGUUGCUCAGCUUCUGUGCGAAGUGAAGGUCGUGAAGGUGAAAAAGUAGUAGUUGAGCAUGAGGAAGCUCUUACUCGUACCGCAACGGACGAAACGAACAACGACGUUUUAUUGGCCUAUAUCUUUUACGGUCACUGAGAAAUUUGCAGCCCACAAAUAUCUUGUUCUCGUGUGGUUCACAUCUUCUCAUGUCUCUGACAUCUUCAAUCCGAGAUGAUUGCAACACCAGGAGACGCAAAAGAUCAAGAUUGUACUUGAUUCGCAUGCAAGAACACAGAAGCACGACGAUGAAUAUGGGAGUCAAAACGAGUACUCACAAAUUGAACAAUUGUGCUCCAGUGCUGCUGCGAUUGUCCCGAUAAGCCGCUUGUAGCUAAAUUGGUGUAGUGAAUUAUACUCAUGCUUCGUCUUGCCGGUAGAGUAGUGGACAGCGGUCCUGAAGUAGACGCCAUGUUGAGGAUGACGACAACAUGGGGAUCUUCACCUUGAUGAAAAUGACGUGAUGUGAGUAGCAACCGUCGAUGAACUGUAUACCAUGCCCAGAUCCCCUACCUUUUUGACUAUACUUACAACAAGAGUGGGAAAAUUGAACUCACGAGCAAGAAGAACGAGGAGGAAGCACCUCUUUUUAUGCUCUUUCACCGUAAAAACAAGAGAUGAGAAAGAAUCGUCAAAGGGCAGGACGACAGGCCAAUAAUUUGAUGAACCCAAAAAGAAGACGUCAUUGCUAUGUGCAUGAUGUUGCCCAAGAGGCAUCAGAUCGAGUUACUUUAUUGUCAACACAAAUACUUUCAUUUGUACCACGAUAAAGACGAAACGUCUAU